AUCUGCAUAUUGUUUUGCUGCUGUCACUCUCAGUCUCAACUAUCAUCCUAAUUUCACUCAAAGGAAAUCAAUAAACAAGUGAAUAUAAUAAGAAAACAAUGCAAAUGGUCUAAAAAAUAAAAAUAAAUAUAACAAGAUUAAUCAAUGUCUCCGGUUUAAGUCUUAUGUACAAAAAUAAAACUUGUUAGGAGAGCUCACCACUCCAGAAAAUGGAUGUUUCAGUCUCGAAUAUGAUUGUCUCCAACGAGGAUAAGAUACAUGUAUUAGAAAAACUUACAACAAAUAUUUAUUUAUCCACUCAUUUAUGCACUAACUCACCUCAAGUCUUCAGCUUCUCAUCUAUACCUUAUAAAUCAGAACACCCACCACAAACCUUAAUGUAUGCAUCACAUUUAAUAUCAUAUUCAUCACUUUUCUCUUUUUUCUUCCUUUCUCAGCUGAAUGUCUUUGAGGUGUCUGCACUAUAUGCAGAUGUCUGCACUAUGCAGAUGUCCUCCAAUCACUUUCCCCAAACUAAAUAGCCAUUUACCCACCACAUUUAUGCACUAACUCUGAAGUCUUCAACUUCUCAUCUAUACCUUAUAAAUCAGAACAUCCCCCUCAAAGCUUAAUGUAUAUACAACUGGCUAAUAGCUACACACUCAUUCUGGCACAUCCCCAUUUCCAUAAACCAUGGACUGGUUCUCCUGGUUAUCCAGGACCAGCUUAGACCCUUCACUAGUCUAUGAGUAUGGUCUCGCUUUCGCCCGCAACGAGCUCCAGUUGGAAGAUGCCAUCCACUUCAACCAUGAGUUUCUUCAGAGCAUGGGUGUUUCAAUUGCCAAACACAGGCUAGAAAUUCUCAAGCUUGCCAAGAAGGAAGAUGAGGCAGCAGCAAUGGCAACAAGCACCAAAAACCUUUCUGGGGUGAUCAAGAAGUGUUUAAGAAAAUGCCUCAGCAAGCUUGUUUUCCGUGAAGAAGAAGUAAAGGACACGCCAUUGCCACCAGAGCCAAACUGGUACCAAGGGAAAUGGAGAAGAGCACUGGUGACAAAACAUGGAACAGAGGAACUCAGGGGAGAGAGGGGAAUGCAGAGAAGCAGAACCAUAGCAAUGUCAGGGCCUUUAGAUGGAAGAAUGCAUGAGAAGAUGAUGAUCAGUAAUAACAAGUUUUUGAAGUUGUCUGGUCCUCUUGAUGGAAAGAUGCAUGAGAGAAUGGUAAAUAGAAGUCCUGUAAGAACAACUAGUGAUCAUGGAAGGUUCAUGAGCACUGCAAAGAGUCCAAGAUUAUCUGGUCCACUUGAUGCAACAGCAAGAGCAGCAUUGGUUAGCAAUAGAAGUCCAAGGCUAAUGAUGCCUUCAGAUGAAUGGGUUGAUAGCCCAAUGGGUUACAACAGUCCCUAUAAUAACAAGAUAAGAGGUGAUUCUGAUUAUGAUGAAAAUGCACUGUGGAGGACACUGUUUGAAGACCUUAAACCAACUUGAUUAUUUUGUGUUUGUUUUGUCUCUGUAAGCUUGGGUGGAAAGUGACACCAACGUUUUCUUAUACAAUAAUUACAAGUAGCAUAUGAAAUGCGAUGUUUCCUGCAAUUUUUUUCUC